GGUACGAGGUGGCCUUGGCCGUCCAGCCCGCGAAGCACGGGGCACCCCUCGGCCUCAGGAGGGUCGGCGUGGUGAAGAUGGAGCUGCUGGGCUCACACUUCAGCCUGGUGUCCGCCUACGACGACGACCUGCAUCACUGUGUGAAGGAGGCGACACAAGCGCGGCAACACGGGCCCCGACAGUUCCAGCUGCAGGGGAAGGCGGGCAGCAAAGAGGUGCAGGUCUUGAGCACUGACUACACGAGCUUCGCCAUCCUGGAGGUGACCGAGCAGAAGGGGACGAACAAGGUCCUGAAGCUUUACAGUCGGGUCCUGGAGCCCUCCCAGGCGGCACUGAAGAGCUUUUACCAGAAGGUGGAGCAGAGUGGGCUGGCCAGCACCGACGUGUCCCUGCUGCUCAGAGACAUGACUUGUGUGCAGCUAAUGGGGCCGGAAAUCAUCUAGGGGCCCGGCCCAGCCAGAAGCCCAGCGACCUGCCCCUUCCUGCUCCCCUCCUCCCC